AUGGAUGAUGAUAACGGAACAUCAGGGACUGAAUUUAUUUUGUUGGGAUUCUCACAUUUGGGGUCCUAUAAGCUCUCCCUCUUUUGGGGGGUGCUCUUUGUCUACCUGGUCACCCUGUUGGGAAACUCCCUGAUCAUCACCCUUACCCUGCUUGACUCAGCCCUGAGCACUCCCAUGUAUUUCUUUCUCAGACAUCUCUCUAUGAUAGAGAUUCUCUACACUACCACUAUUGUGCCCAGGAUGCUGAGUGAUCUCCUCUCCUCACAUCCUGUCAUCUCUCAUGCCAGCUGUUUCACCCAGAUGUAUUUCUUUAUCCUCUUUGGCAUUGCUGAGUGUUGCCUGCUCACUGCCAUGGCUUAUGACCGUUUUGCUGCCAUUUGCCGGCCCCUGCACUAUGCCACACUGAUGAACAGGCAGGUAUGUGUGGGUAUGGUGGGUGCUUCCUAUCUAAUGGGCAUCACCUCAGGCACCACUGAUGCGCUGCUCAUCUUUACCUUGCCUUUCCAUGGUUCCAAUAUUGUUCAUCACUUCUAUUGUGAUAAUUUGCCUGUUUUGAGGUUGGCCAGUGCAGACACAUUCUGGGGUGAAGUUGGGAAUUUUGCUAUCACCCUGCUCUUUAUCAUUACUCCCUUUGCCUUGAUUCUCUUUUCCUAUGUUCGAAUUCUCAUUACCAUCCUUGGGGUUGCCUCUGCUCAGGGACGACAAAAAGUCUUCUCUACUUGUUCUUCUCACCUAAUGGUGGUCAUCCUCUUCUUUGGGACUGGCACCAUUGUCUACACGAAACCUCGAGGCAAUGUUCCUCAGGACAUGGAUCAAAUCUUUUCCCUUUUCUAUACAGUUGUAACUCCCAUGUUCAACCCUUUUAUCUAUACCCUGAGGAACAAGGAGGUGAUGGGAGCUCUGAGGCGAAAGAUAACAAAACACCUUUGA